AUGAAGGCAUCAGUGAAGAUACGAGACGAGCAGCAGCACGAGAACCCACUUCUCCGUGCAAAGAUCCCAAUAAGUGUCUUCGGUCUACCCUUCACCUCCGCCAUAUCCGCCCGAGACCCAAUAGACCUCAGCUUGAGCCUCUGCACCAGUUCAGCCUCUGGUCCGUCUCUGAAGCUGUCCUACAACCCCAACACAACCACGAACAACUAUUUCUCUCUCUCCCUCAAGUCCGGCGUCGGCCUCUUUGGCUCUCCCAAUAACUCCCCUCUCAUCAUGUCCGCGCAUUUCAAUCUCCUCGGAAAUUUUAACCCUACUUUCUGCGUCCAAUUCAAGCCCCAAUUCGGUGAUUUCUCUCUCAAGAAAACGGUCCUUUCUGCUUCUACUUCUGCCUCCAACGACAAUGAUCAUUCUAAGGAGAACGGUGGAACCCAGAUUAAUGGCGGUCCUGAAGGGCCGUUGGUUUGGAGGGAUUUUAGUGAAUCUCGUGGCGGCUUGUUGUCUGGAGUUGCGGUGAUGGCGAAGACGGUGGUACCGGUGACCAAACGUGCUGUGGUCAGAUUCAGGUGGGUUGUGAAUUGUCCUUCUGAUUUUGGUGGGAAGAAAUUGCCCUUUUUGACGGUUGAUAAGAUUGGGAUUGAGAGGGUGGAGGAGGAGCAGGAAGUGAAGCUCAGGAGCAGCAGCUGCAGUGAUGUUGGGGAUUUGAAGAUGCUGAAAAGUGUGUGUUUGUGGAUGAGUAGAGAAGUUGAGGUUUUGCAGGAAGAGAAUAGAGAGAUGAAAGACAGCUUGGAAAAGUUUAGAAAAUUAGGGUUUUCUUUGAGGAAUCCUCAUAGGGAAGGUGAUGAUCUUGGGAGGAGAAAUCCUCAUCGGGGGAGUGAUGAUCUAGGGAGGAGGAAUCCCAUGGCAUCGCCUGUUGAAACCUCUAGUGAGUUUGAGCGGUGGAGGAAUAAGAAGAACAGCAAUGGAGAAGUUGGUGGGAGAGAAAUGAAGAAGUUCAGUGGUUCUGUAAGUACUGUGGAGAAAGACAUUGGAGAGGAAUUGAAGAGGGCAAUCAAGGAAGCAUCCUCUAAGUAG